AUGGACCUACCCGACGAGCUGCUCCACCUUCGUGGAAGGAGAGGCGGCGAGGCCGCGAUGGCGGCGGUGAUCGGCGACGACGACCUGCUCCGGGAGAUCCCGCUCCGCCUCGGCUUCCCGGCUUUCCUCGUCCAUGCCGCCCUAGUCUCCAAGCGAUGGCUCCGCGUCGCCGCCGACACCGUCUUCCUCCGACGAUUCCGCGACCGUCACCCUCCUCGCAUCCUCGGCUUCUACGUCAACCACUGCUCCACCUUGCGCACGGUGUUCGUGAGCGUCUCGGAAGCCCGGGAGCUCCGCUAUGCCGUGAAUCGCGCCGGCUUCCACCACUGCAAUCAAUCUGUAAGAAUCGCCGACAGCCGGAACGGCCGCCUCCUCCUCAGGUCCCUGCCAUUUGGGUGCGGCGGAUACACCAUGUUCAGCCCGCUGUGCCCGGCAAGGGGGGUGCUCCCUAUCCGACUACCGCCGGAGCUAUUACACAUUGGCAGGUUAAGUCCGCUGGACUACAGUAGUCAAUGUCUCUACUUGUUAUUUAGGGACAACAACGACGGCAUAGUUUUAGUGUCUGUGCGUCUCAGCGGGCGAAAGUUAUCGGCCCGAGUGUAUGUCGGGCAAUCUGAUGCCUGGGGUGAAGCCAUCUUGGCUGAAGGAGAGCUCCCUGUGCCAUUAAAGUUUGUUCGCUCGAUGAUGAUUGUCAAUGACAAGCUCUACAUUGUGCUCGACAAUUGCUACAUUUGUGGGUUGGAUUUUGUUGCUCCACGUCUACGACUCUUUGUCGUCAAAGUCCCGGAUAAAGUCGGCGCGGACUUCAAGCUCUCGCAUGGAGAUGAUUCUGGGCUUUUUCUCAUCCACAGAGACAGGUUCCAUCUCAGCGUCUGGAACCACCAGAUGGACGACAACGGUGAAGACAGGUGGGAGCUGGUUGAUAGGUUUGUUGUGCGUGCAGCACAGGACCGCCAUGAGAGAUUUCGGGUGUGUGCAGUCUCGGAAGAUGGUGGAUUUGUGUUCUUAUGUUUGUGGACAAGUAGAACUAUCAUUUCUGUUGACCUGAGAAGCAGGAAGGAGACGACAUAUGAGAUCAAGGUGCAGGGUAUAUAUUUUACAACUAUCUUUCCCCUUAUGACUAUCUGGCCUCCCACCUUUCCCACUUUGAAUGAUGAGGAUGAUCACGACGAAUAA